AUGUCUAACGAAUACGCCCUGGAGCGCACCCACGGUCAAGAGAGGGUGAUAAUCCACGCCGCCGACCUAUAUCUCCUGGAAAAAUGGAAGGAAGAUUCUACUAUCUCGGACGAAGCCCAGCGCUCGGCAAUCUUUGGCAAGUGGCUAGAGAUUGGCUCGCGUGGCCGCAUGCCCUAUGAUGACCGACUAGAGGAGAUGUGGAGGGGCGAUGAGGAUAUUACAGAGGACGAGAAGGACUUACUCUCUCGUGUCCGGAAUCCGGUAGAUCGGCAGGGGGUCAGCUAUACACGUCUUGUCCGCACUUUCUACGGCGACCACUCAGAAAUAGCCUUUCCCGAGCUAAUCAGCCAAGGCGAGUACGAUGGGACGGUCUUCGAUAAUGCCGCGCUAUACGACGCGGGUUCGGACGACGGCCUACAGUCGCUGCGCGAUAUCCUAACCCGUAUCCCGCAGAUCCUUGAAGCGAAGGCAAUUUCUGCCCUUGAAUACGAACGUGAAGUGCGGGAAACCCUAGAGACGGCCAAAGAAAAGGAUAUAGACGAUGUUGAAUUUCAUGUGGAGAUGGCUCACCAGGCGGCCAGAUGGUGCCACGUGCUCAUCUACGAUAAAGAGGCUUAUGAUAGCCCAGGGCAUAUACUGGUGGUGUAUCUCGACGAUCGUGGCAGGGUCCUACGUUACUCUCGGCUAGACGGGACCGAGGACUUGCAGGCCAUCGAUGGUAUGUUGUUAUCGGGUCAGGAUAUCAUGCAUGGGUGGUGGGAGGAUGGCUGCUACGGCGAGGACUGGGAGCCUCAGCAACUCGCUAAGCGAUGGGGCGAGGUUGCACACGAACCCUCUGAGGGUGGCGUUAGCGAGAGUGCAACCUUUGAGGAACAGUCCAACUAA